UGUUGAAGGCGACUCGGCCGGCACAACAGGUCUUUCUCCCGCGGCUCCCAUUCAACACGUGCUUUUCGGUUGAAAACCCUCGAGUGCACCGCGACGGGAAUGAACAAUCGCUAGUGUGUUGCAGCAGGACUACAGAUUUUCUUGUGCAAUUAUAAGUAAGAAAUGGAAGCGGUGAACGGGUCAGAUUUCGGCGCCGUGCUGGAGCAGUGUCCGCCAGGGCUGCUGCUGCCCUUCCUCGAGGAGUCCAACUGGCGGGUCAGCGUCAGGGCCACCCUCUACAUCAUGGGGCUGCUGUACUGCUUCCUCGGCAUCGCCAUCGUUGCCGACGUCUUCAUGGGCGCCAUCGAGAUCAUUACCAGUAAAACGAGAAAAGUCUACCUCGCAUCCAACACGCAGGGACAGGAUUCCGAUGUCGUUGAGGUUCGAAUAUGGAACGACACAGUGGCAAACCUGACGCUGAUGGCACUGGGCUCGUCGGCGCCGGAGAUUUUGCUGUCGUGCAUCGAAAUCAUCGGGAAGAACUUCGAGGCGGGCGAGUUGGGCCCCGGCACGAUCGUUGGCUCGGCCGCGUUCAACCUGCUGAUAAUCUCGGCCGUGUGCGUCGGCGGCAUCCCCGAGGGCGAGACCAGGAGCAUCCGCAUGAUAAAGGUGUUCGGCGUAACAACGGUGUUCAGCCUGCUGGCGUACAUCUGGCUGCUGGUGGUCGUGGCGGUCACGUCUCCAGGGGAGGUGGCUGUGUGGGAGGCGGUGGUCACGUUCAUGCUGUUCCCGCUGCUGGUGAUUGUGGCGUUCGCCACGGACCGCGGAUUCAUCUGCGGCGUGACCCGCGAGCCGGGUCAAAAGCAAAUCGAGUUGGAGCAGCCAGACGGUAUGGGCGAGGGGGACAAAAUGAUCUCAAAGAGGGGCUUCUUCAAGAACGGCGUCCUAGAAAAAGACGCGUUGGUGGCGUUUGUGAAGGAGGUGAAAAGGUAUCCGGGCCUGUCAGACGAGGACGCAGCUCUGCUCGCCGCCCAAAAAUUGGUCGACUCGCAGCCCCACUCGAAGAUGUGGUACCGCAUCGGCGCCGUGAGGAACUUGUCCGGAGGCAGGAAAACGCAGCUCAAACUGACCAAAAAGCUCAAAGAGAAAUUGGAUUCCAGGUUGCAACUGGUAUACGACACAAUCAACGAGCACCCUGAGGCGCCGAACCUGGGCCCCGUGCCCGAGACUGACAUGAGCAACGCCGUCAUCGAGUUUCACGCGACCACCUGCGCCGUGGCAGAAAACAUUGGAAAAUUCCCGAUCACCAUCAGCAGGCACGGAAACAUCGAGGAAAUGGCCAAAGUCAGAAUUGAGAGCAUCGACGGCACAGCAGUGGAAAUCGAGGACUACAUUCCAGUAGACCAAAUCAUCACUUUUGAGCCCAAAGAACUGCAGAAAAAGGUUGAGAUUGAAAUCGUAGACGACAACCAAUGGGAGCCAGACGAGGAGUUUUUCCUGAAGCUCAGCUUGAUCCCUUCCGAGGACAACACGAACGUGCAGCUGGGACACAUGUCCAUCAUGGAAAUCACGAUUUUAAACGACGACGAGCCUGGAGUUUUGUCGUUCAGCAAGCGCGGAAUUUUGGUCCAGGAGAGUAUCGGCAUGGCCAGGAUUCCGGUGGUGCGGACGGGCGGCGCGGACGGCGAGGUGUCCGUCAAGUGGAGGACCAAAGACAAGUCGGCCUUCAGCGGCAAAGAUUUCAUAGGAGGAGAAGGAAUACUCACUUUCCAGCACACAGAGACUGAACGCAUGCUUGAGAUUCCCAUCAUUGAUGACAUGGAGCCAGAAAAAGACGAGCACUUUGAAGUGGAGCUAUUCGAGCCGAUGGGUGGCGCAAAAUUGGGCCACAUCGCCAGAUUGGCAGUCACCAUCACCAAUGAUGACGCCUACAAUAGCAUCACGGACCAUCUGAUGAAAAUGACGAACGCGAAUAUGGACGCAAUGCGGACGCACCAGGACACUUGGGCUUGCCAGAUGAGGGACGCGAUGAACGUGAACGGCGGCGACCUGGAGAACGCCACAAACAUUGACUACCUCAUGCACUUCCUCACCUUCGGCUGGAAGGUGAUUUUCUCCUUAAUUCCUCCACCCAGCCUGCUCGGCGGCUGGCCGUGCUUUUUUGUGUCACUUGCCAUGAUCGGGGUCAUCACGGCCGUCGUUGGCGAUUUGGCUUCCAUUUUCGGCUGCUUGGUCGGACUCGAGGACAGCGUAACAGCAAUUACGCUAGUGGCGAUGGGAACUUCGUUGCCAGACACAUUCGCGAGCAAGGCGGCGGCGGUGCAGGAGAAGCACGCGGACAACGCCAUCGGCAACAUCACGGGCAGCAACUCCGUGAACGUGUUCCUCGGCCUGGGGCUGCCGUGGAUGAUGGCGGCGCUGUACCACGCGGCCAACGGCACCGUCUUCAAAGUGCCCUCGGCAGGCCUGGGCUUCAGCGUUUGCAUCUUCACGAUGGUGGCGCUGUUGGCCAUCCUGCUGCUCAUGCUCCGCCGGCAGCUCUCCAUCUUCGGCAAGGCUGAGCUCGGCGGACCCUUCUGGCCUCGCGUCUUCAGCGUCUGCUGCCUCGUCGGACUCUGGUUCCUCUACGUCACCCUCUCCUCCCUCCAGGCUUACAACAUCAUCAAGGUCCACUUCUAAAAACAAUUUCACCUCUUUGUUUUGUAAGCAUAUUUUAAAUUGUACAAAAAAAAACUGGAGUUCAUCAUUUUUUUUUUAAUUUUUUGUUCCUCCUUAAUUUUCAGUUAAGUUUUUAUUUUUUUUCGGUUAAAACAUACAUAAAAGGUAUGUAAUAAUUCUAAUUCUGGUAGGGGGUUUGGACUUUUUUUAUUUGAUGUUGCUGAAAAUGCUGAAAAAAUAUCCAGCAACUUACCAAAUUCUGAUUUUUCCCCAAAAAUUCGAAUUUAAAUGGGAUAAAAAACUAAUUUUGAGAAUUAAACAUUUAAAGUGUGGAGUUGUUUUUCAUUUUUCGUUAUUUAUGAAAUUUGAAGAAUUAUUUUUUCAUAUCCCGUAAAAAGAGCAAAUUAAUCUCGCCUCUUUUCCGCCUUGUGUUUGAUCGUUGGAGAAAAAUUGACAUUGUAAAUGCUAUUUAUUUAAAAAGAGAAAAUUGAAGAGGAUUUAAAUUCGAUAAUAGUGUAUUUUUGUUUGUAGCCUCUGCCAGAUGGCAUCACCGUCUUUUUGCAAACUUUAAGACCCAUUUUUGCCCUUUCGUCUGCUUUCUAAAUUAAAUAUCUUUUAUCAUGGAUGCUGAAAACAUGCAAAAUAAUUUUUUAAAUAAAAGUUUGAAGGCCCGUCUUAGUGGUGAACGUUUUGCCUGUUAGUAAUUAAAAAAUCUAUCCAGAGUAAAUCCGUGCAGAGCUAACAAUAUGCCAUUUCGUAAAUUUAAUUUAAUAAAACUCCCUCUCAGUAUGUUUUUAAUUUUUUGCUCUUGUGGAAAAUUGAAACGACAGAAAAUACUAAACUUAGAAUAAUGGUUGAUAUCUGCAUUGACAGGCCGACUAUUAGAAAUAUUGAAAAACGUGUCUUAAAUUUAAAUACAGGCAAAUUGACGGUGCUGUCAUCUUUUGGGGGCUUUGAACACCACAGACUUUCACAACACAGAAACGUAUAUAAUUAAUUGAUUAUAUCGUGAUCGUGAAAAGCAUUUUAUUUACAUUCCAUAUCUCUCACAUUUUUUUAAACUCAUCAUCACUAUAUUCUAAGUUUGAUUUUCGUCUUAAAUGUGUAACAGCAGAAAUUAAUUCCUCACGUGUAAGUUCAAAUUUUUUAAUGUUACUAAUUGUAAGGUCAGUGCAGGCAGCUAUAUGUGAAUUUUAAAAAAUGCUCAUAUAAAAGUAAAAAUAUUUUUUUUUUUGUCUUAUUGAAAUCUCCAAUAUUUGGCCUUUCGCUUCGUAAUUUUCGCUUUUCUCACGCUUAAAGCAAAAUUCCUUCUUUUGAUAUGAAAUUUACUCUGAAUGUGAUGCAGUAAUAUGUCAUUCUAAAUCUUCUGUGUGUGUUGAGAGAGAAUUAAAACGGUCAAAAACGUGUAUAUUAUAAAUAUAUUUGACCAAUAAAAAGUACCUUAAAUUAUUGAAUCAAUGCGUA